AUGGCUGAGACAGAGCAGGCCAAGCCCUUAGCCCCGGCAGCAUUCCAAAUCCGCAGCGAUGAAGAAGAAAUCCGGUCUAAGCAAUCGAAAACUCGCCGACGAAAUUGCAUCAAGUGCUGUGGCUGCAUCACUGCCAUUUUUUUAAUUCUUGCUACGACUAUUGUAGUUCUAGUCCUUACAGUUUUUGAUGUUAAGGAUCCAGUGAUCAACAUGAACAAGUUAGUCGUGCUACGGCUAGAGCUUGCUAAUGGGACUCUUCGAACUGACGUGAACGUGACACUUCUAGCUGAUGUCUCCGUGAAAAAUCCUAACGCGGCCUCAUUCAAGUUUAACAAUGGCACAACAACUGUUUACUAUGGUGGCAAGAUGGUCGGCGAGGCUAAUACUCCGCCAGGAAAGGCCAAAGCGAGGCGGACGCUACACAUGAAUGUCACAGUAGACUUAAUUCCUGAAAAAUUAUUGGCCGUUGGAAGCUUGAUGAGUGACAUAAGUUCAGCAGGGGCAUUAACUAUGAGCAGCAAUACAAUAAUUGGCGGCAAGGCGAUUCAAGGAGUUUUUCUGCUACACAUGCAUAGAUGGGUUGCUAAAUAG